AUACAUGGAAAGGACGAUAGGUAAAAAAAAAAUGUUACGAUAUGCCUUAUCAGUUUAAUCUUAUCAAACACUAAGGUGUUACUGAAGGUGUGAAAGCAUGUUACGUCACAUAACUCGUGUGUGUUUAUCCACGUUCACUAAGGAACAGAAAAAAAAACUGAAAAUGACGAAUAAUUAAAACUGCUGCCGAAUCUAAUGUUAUCUGUCGUAGUAAUUCUGCUGAAAAUAUGUGAACAGUGAUGUUAUAAUGAAUAUUUUUCAAGAGAGGGAGAGAAAACUGAUGUUUGUUUGUCGUGUAAGAAACAGAAAUCUAUUCGCCUUCGAUAUUUGAAUAUCAACCAGGGAAAAAAAUCCAGCAAUCCACAAAUUCUAACAAGCCAGGAGAAAUAAACUGCAAUAGACCCCAAUGAAAUAACCAGAAUAAGGACACAAUUUAAAAAAUAAAUAAAUAAAACAAGAGAAAACAAGAAAAGAAAUAACGAAAGAAGGAAUCAGAAACUUGGCCUGGACGACGCCAUGUCUGCUAGGUGUCAGAAGGCCAAGGGAACGCUGGCUCUGGCGAUGCUGGUCCUGUGCGCGUGCGUCGUUCCUCCCGCCGCCGGCCAGGACAGCGGCGACCUCCCUUCGACCCGACGCGCCCCCCCGACCGCCGGCGAUGUGUCAAGCGCCUCGCCCUCCGACCUGCGCUCAACCCGCAGCUCCUCUCCUCCUUCUGCCCCUUCUUCAUCUUCUUCCUCUUCUUCUUCUUCUCCUCCUCUUAAGACUUGCAGGAUGGGCUACAUCAUAAAAGCGGACCUCCCCACGGAGGACGGCUACUACCACCACCACACGUGCUUCUGGUGCUACCGCUUCACGCCCGCGCACCGGAAGAAGACCGACCUUACCCUCAAGCAGGACGUCGUGACGCUCUCGGAUGGCAGCAAGUGGGCCGAUUUCUUGUUUACGGUCGGGAACGAGUCCUUCCACUUCGAUGUCGACGACCCUGUGGCCUGGGGGCAUGUGCAGGACUCCCUCCACGACCCCCUCGAGGCUUCGAAGCUCGAGGGAUGCUGCAGGGACGCCCUUGCGUGCUGCGAUGAGAUGCUUAGCACUCCACGGGGCGAGAAUGGCUCGUGCCCGCGCACCUGGGACGGCUGGCUGUGCUUCGGCGACACUGCCCCGGGCGAGAGCGUCUCCUUCACCUGUCCUCCCUAUGCAUACAAAGGCCGGUCGGAAUGCGCACUGGAGGGAACCAAGACCUGCUGGGGCAACGGGACGUGGCUGCAGGACGCGCGUGGGGCCGAGAAGACCGAGUACGCGGACUGCAGCCACCGCAAGUACCACCUCCGGAACUACUUCUGGGAGAUCGCCAUGCACGCCGUUUCGGUCGUCGCCGUUGUGCCUGCCGUCUGCAUGAUUCUGUAUUUCAGAGCCCUCCGCGUGCAGCGGUUUUACCUCCACCUGAACUUCCUCGUGGCGCUCCUCGGGAAGGCCCUCAUGAGCAUCCUGGACUUGGCGGUCCUGAGGAUACCCGAGUACUCAGGGGAAUCCAGCGUGAUGGACGACAAUACCGCCGGCUGCAGGUUCCUCGUGUUCCUGACGAAGGUCUUCAGUCUCGCGGUGUGGACCUGGAUGCUCGCCGAGAGCCUGUAUCUGCACCGCCUCAUCGUCGCGGCUCUGAGGGGCGGCGGGAAGACGUGGGCGUACUUGCUCGUGGGCUGGGUGCCGCCCUUUGUGCUCUCGGGGGCGUGGGCGACGGCGAGGGGCAUCCUGGAGGACUACCAGUGCUGGCUCGGCGAUGACCACGGCGACGCGAAGGACCUCUACCUCAUCACCGAGCUCCCCAAACUCGUCAUCUUGGUGGUGAACACAGCCCUCCUGAUUAACAUGACCCGCGUGCUCAUGUCUCACCUCAAAAGCACCAACACAGACGCAUCUACGGCAAACAAGAGAGCAGUAAAAGCCAGCACCUUCCUCCUACCAAUGUUUGGCCUCCAGUUCUUCAUCACCUUCUUCGUCCCGCCCUUCACGACGCCGUGCGCUGGCAUGCAGGCAUAUGUAUUCAUAGCAACUGCGAUCGACGGACUACAGGGACUAUAUAUUUCUGUUGUGUACUGCUACAUGAACAACGAGGUGCGGAUACAAGUGCGUCGCUCCACCCACUACAUCUGGCACCGACUCCCGACAAGCGCCCCCGAUGUCACUUACGACAGGAGGACGGACACCAGCCAUAUCCACAGUGGCGCCGGGGUGUCAGUCGCGACUAUGGCAUCCACGGUUGACUGAGGGACUAGCAAGGACGACCUCGGUGAAAGAAGUACAGCUGAACCCUGAAAAAAAUACAGAACCCGAAACUAACAAAGUAAUUCAAAAUACCCCCCGCCCCUCUAAAAAA